UGCUCCUCCUCCUCUAAACUAUAACCGAUCUUGGGAAGCUGGAGAGACACAGGCAGGAGCCAGCUGGCUGCAUGUGCUCCACUCACUACAGGACCUGGAUUAACAGGAGGACUCUGACACCAGAAAAUGACAGAUCAGAUCACCGGGACCUUGGUUUUCACUGUCCUCACUGCCGUGCUGGGUUCCUUCCAGUUUGGAUAUGACCUUGGUGUGAUCAAUGCCCCUCAACAGGUAAUAAUAGCCCAUUAUAGAUAUGUUUUGGAUAUGCCACUGGAUGACCAAAAGGCUAUCAACAAUGAUGCUAUUGACAGUACAGAGGGACUGCCUACCAAACCACACUUCCUAACUCCAACACCAACCCCCUUGGCUGAAGAAGAGCCUGUGACAUCUUCUGGCCUCGUCACCAUGUACUGGUCCCUGUCUGUGUCCAGCUUUGCAGUUGGUGGAAUGAUCGCAUCAUUCUUUGGAGGGUGGCUAGGGGACCAGCUUGGAAGAAUCAAAGCCAUGUUGGUAGCAAACAUUCUUUCACUAACGGGAGCACUCUUGAUGGGGUUUUCAAAACUGGGACCUUCUCACAUCCUUAUAAUUUCAGGAAGAGGUAUAUCAGGACUGUACUGUGGGCUAAUCUCAGGCUUGGUUCCAAUGUACAUUGGUGAGAUUGCACCAACCACACUCAGGGGUGCUAUUGGCGCUCUUCACCAGCUGGCCACUGUCACGGGCAUUCUUGUUAGUCAGAUCAUUGGCCUCGACUUCAUCCUGGGCAAUCACGAGCUGUGGCACAUUCUGCUUGGUCUGUCUGCCGUGCCAGCUGUCCUGCAGUCUCUGAUGCUCUUCUUCUGUCCAGAAAGCCCCAGAUACCUUUACAUCAAGUUGGAUGAGGAAAACAAAGCAAAACAAAGCUUGAAAAGACUCAGAGGCAGUGCUGAUGUCACCAAAGAUAUCACUGAGAUGAGAAAAGAAAGGGAAGAAGCCUUAAGUGAACAGAAAGUCUCCAUGAUUCAGCUCUUCACCAAUUCCAGCUACCGACAGCCUACUCUGGUGGCACUGAUGCUGCACAUGGCUCAGCAGUUUUCUGGAAUCAAUGGGAUCUUUUACUACUCAACCAGCAUUUUUCAGACGGCCGGAAUCAGCCAGCCAGUUUAUGCAACCAUUGGCGUUGGUGCCAUCAACACAGUUUUCACUGUUCUCUCUGUAUUCCUCGUGGAGAAGGCAGGGCGACGCUCUCUGUUUCUAAUUGGAAUGAGUGGGAUGUUUGUCAGCGCCAUCUUCAUGUCCGUGGGGCUUGUGCUGCUGGAUAAAUUUACGUGGAUGAGUUAUGUGGCCAUGGUCGCCAUCUUCCUCUUUGUCAGUUUCUUCGAAAUCGGGCCAGGCCCCAUCCCUUGGUUCAUGGUGGCUGAAUUCUUCAGUCAAGGACCACGCCCUGCAGCUCUAGCCAUAGCUGCCUUCAGCAACUGGACCUGCAAUUUCAUUGUAGCUCUGUGUUUCCCCUACAUUGCGGACUUCUGUGGGCCUUAUGUGUUUUGUGGAAGUGGUUCCAUACUCCAAUGAUCUUAUAGAUAUGAUGUUUCUCUUUGCUUGUUCGAAGCAUGACUGUACUUCUUGCUCUAGUUGCCCAUCUGCUGCAUCUAGCUGGUGCAGAUGCACAUGGCAUCAAGGCAAGGGUCUUCUCUGCUGAGACACAGGAAGAGAACGCCUCCCCCUCAAGGAACUCACAGUCUGAUAAGGAGUUCGGGAAGACCAGGAUAUAAAUGUUUCUGUCUGUGUCUUUUGUUUUCCAUGAACUUCAAGCUAGCGGCUUCUCUUAUAAAGUGGGUCCAAUAAUGUUACCUACCUCUGAGAGUUGUUGUGACGAUUAAAUAUAAAGUGCUAACCAGAGUGUCUGGUAUCCAGUGUGUGACCUAGAAUUAGUAUUGACAAAGAUACUGUUAGGAUACAGGACUAUAAUAUCUAUAUGGUAGUGCCAAAUUCGUAAUUCAAAAUAAUACUCUCCCACACUUCAAGCAACAAUCUCACAAAGGCAGGGGAAAGUAAAAACCAGGGGAGAUAUUUGCUAUCUAAUUCCUAAACCCAUACUUGAUAUUUCUAAGUAGGUUAUAAGAGUUUUUAUUGUAUUUUUAAAAUUUGCUUUUACCUAAGUUGUUAUUUUUAAGAGGUCUAUAUGUAAUAUUAUUUAUUCAAAUAAUACAAAGUAAAAGAUAAAAUGCUGUAUAUUGCAUUUAAAUGUAAUUUAAAAAGACUAUCACCAUUGGACAACCAAACCUCCUUGAAAACCCUCAAAAACUACAGUGUAAACCAAUGUACGUGCAAUGUACUAUGCAAGUGCAUAGCUACUUCUUAUUGCUAGCUUAUUGUUGGAUAUGCAGCAAAUAAAACAAUGUUAGGCAAUAGCUUGUGCUUAUGGUGUCUUAAGCAGAGUGCUAAGUAAAAGUGUAAAAAUAUAAUUUUUCAUAACAAUUCUAUAUCAAUGACCUGAGAAGAAAAGGUUUAUUGCAAACCACUUUGAGACAUUUGCUGAUGUUUUUACUCUCUUCUAAUUUGGUGCAUAUUAAAAAGAGCCAUGA